UUGCUGCCGCUGCCGGACCAGCCGGUUUGAAGCUGAGCCUUUCGGGACUCGGGGACGGUUGCCCCGCUUUGUUCUGUGCUUAGUUCGCGUUUCUUCUUCUGGUACAUCCCACAGGGACGCGCGCCCCAGAUAACGCUCGUGCUGUCGGCGAGUGAGUUGACUCGGUUCAGCACAAAGGAGCCCGGCCGCCGCCCGGCAGCUGCGGGACAUGGAGUCGUUUCAGAAGGUGGAGAAGAUCGGAGAGGGGACGUACGGAGUGGUUUAUAAAGCCAAGAACAAAGUCACGGGAGAGACGGUCGCCCUCAAGAAAAUCCGACUAGACACGCUACGUGAUGUCAUCCACACUGAAAACAAGCUGUACCUUGUUUUUGAAUUCCUCCAUCAGGACCUUAAGAAGUUCAUGGACUCCUCCUCUGUCACUGGUAUCCCUUUACCUCUGGUUAAGAGUUACCUCUUCCAGCUGCUGCAAGGCUUGGCAUUCUGCCAUUCUCACAGGGUUCUCCAUCGAGACCUAAAGCCCCAGAACCUCCUCAUCAAUGCCCAGGGGGAGAUCAAGCUGGCUGACUUUGGUCUGGCAAGAGCCUUCGGGGUGCCUGUCCGCACUUACACUCAUGAGGUGGUAACACUGUGGUACCGGGCACCUGAAAUUCUGCUAGGAUGCAAAUACUACUCCACAGCUGUAGACAUCUGGAGCUUGGGGUGCAUCUUUGCUGAAAUGAUCACCAGGCGGGCCCUGUUCCCAGGGGACUCGGAGAUCGACCAACUAUUCCGUAUCUUCCGCACUUUGGGUACACCAGACGACACCGUCUGGCCAGGUGUCACAUCCAUGCCAGACUACAAGCCAUCUUUCCCCAAAUGGGCUCAGCAGGAUUUAUCCAAAGUGGCGCCUCUUCUAGAUGAAGAUGGAAGAGAUCUGCUUGGGCAAAUGCUGAACUACGAUCCAAACAAGAGGUUGUCAGCCAAAAAUGCCCUUGUGCAUGGAUUCUUCCGUGAUGUCACCAUGCCAGUCCCUCAUCUGCGACUCUAAGAAUACAAAAUGAUUUUUUCAGUUUCUGUAAACGAUCUCAAAGAACAAAGGAUGUCCCAAGCCUCACUCGGUUUCCAUUAUUAUAAUGGACAGGGAUCAGAGACACUACUGGACACGUUGUGUCUUUCAGUAGAUCAUCUCAAAUGCUUAGGUCAACAUGUAAGAAGUUAGAUGUCCUGCAAGUUCUGGUGUUUUCAUCCCCGAUGUCGUGCUAGUAAUGGAUACUGGCCUGGAAUUCUUCAGCAUUAUAGUUCUGCUUGCUUGUACUCCAGAAGCGGUUGUGUUGUGGCUGGAAGAUGAGAUGGAGCGCGUUCCAGAGUUUAGUUCAAUCUUAUCUAUGUUGAUUUUAGGGUGUCUGAACACAAGUAACUUUUAAUUGGCUUUUAAACGAAGUAUGACCAAUCACACAGCUUUCUGGGGAAGUGUGAAUGUGCGGCAUCCUGUGUGAUGGUCCUCUGCUUGCUGGUACUUUGUGAUAGGCGGGGCUGCAGCGGCACAGGGAGUAGCGAGGUCUAGUCAACAUGACAUAUACAGUUGUAUUGUCAAACGCAUGUGAGAUUAGUGCUACAAAUGUAAAAAGUUAAUUCAGUGUUUGUAAGUUGUGUAUCUUCUAUUUAGACUGAAAACUCUUAAAGUGUUUGACUCUUUCUUAAAGUGGGGUUUUUGUUCUGGUGGUGUGAGACAGACGAAGGGGGAAGAUGCAGGACCGGUAAGACCUCGAACAUUCAACGUUCUCGUUAGUCUUUAUAGGGUUACCCUAUAAACUAAGGGUCAUGUUAUUAUUGUUAUUAUUGUUAUUCAGCUUUGUUGUGAAAUGAGAAGUAUUUGAUUCAUGUUAAUGCAGAUUUUAGAAAAUAUUUGCUUUCAUAUUGUUCUUACACUACAUUUUAUGUAAAACUUGUUCAGCUGUUUUUAUAAAUGCAGUCUUUACACAUUAAAGUUUUUUUUCAAUU